GUGCGCACAGCGCAUGUAAACAAUCGUAAUGUAAGGAGCCACGAUCGCGAAUUCCCCGGCGCACUGACCGCGUAAGCGACAAUGUAGAACAUUACCGCGUAAUUUGCAGCUAUGACAACGUCGCGACAGUUUCGUCCAAGCGCUGUCAUCGUUUCGGCGUCGCUCAUCGCCGCCACUGCAGUGAUCUUUUCGCUUUCGUACCGCAGUGAAGUGCCACUCGAUAGCUUGGAAAACUGUUACGCAUUUAUCGAUCGCCUGAAGUUCGCCUUCGUGUACGCAAACGUAGGGGCAUUACUUGCCCCAAUAGGUUUCGGUCGAGAGAUUCGAAGAUGGGAAAGCCGAAACGUCACGAUACGAAGUUCUUUUCGAGGCAUAGACGCCAGUUCACUCACGAAAAACGUCGCCGAAGAGGUAUUGUCGGAUCCUAACAGCAACCUCCACGAUCUCCUGUCAUGGAAUGAACCUCAGCAGCACACAAAAAUGUUGCUGCUGUCUAGGUUUUCAGCCUUUCUGCCACCUCGUGGCAACAUUCACGGUAAUCCCUGGUGGCUGGUGGAAGCGAAAGGCUUGCGGAACUCUGACGGACACGUGGAGGCCGACGUCUAUGAACCGCCAGCGUGUGGUACGUCAGCUGAAGCCCUACUCAGCGAGCUUUUCGGGAUGUUCCAUCGAAAUGUCUUUCUUGUCACGAGAGCGGCACCUGCUGGGACAGCUGCAGUUGUUACAAGAAGCGAGAAUGGCACGCUGGAUAUCCUCUUCAGAUCUCACAUCGAGUUCCAGAUCAGCGCACCACCACGGCGACCACUUUGGUUCACGCCCGCUCAGUUCCAAGGCCGCGUGGUGAUCAGCGAUGAUGGCUCUGCGCUGCAUCAUUUUGAAGCACAUGUCCCUACUAACCGGCAGCUCAACGUUGAUCUGGAGUGGCUAGUGCAACGACACAAUAGUGACGUCCAGAGAACAGAAGUGGACAUUGGCAAGGUCGCCGAAAUGGCACUCAACCUGGACUCUCCCAGUGGGCAGCCUGUAGAAAUGCGCUCAUCGAUAAGCUCAGACGAAGAGGACGAGGCACUCAGAAAGCUGCAUCAGAUGUUCUUCCCUUUCCUCAAGGCAGGUGCCCUGCCUAGCUUUGCUGUAAUAUCAUUCAAUUUCCUAACGCAUUCACAGGUUCCGUAUCACAACCUGAGUGCAGCGGCGUCAGAAGCCAAGCGGCACGAGAAGCUAGUCCACUCCAUCAUCACCUGGGGUCCGCUGGACGACCAGUCGUGCUGAGGAAGCGCUCGGACCCUGCGCCAGGGUCCGCUCGCUUCCUCCGCGGUUCAAGAGCUCCUGCGGGCUCGCUUUGUCAGCUCCUGGAGUCUGACAGCUGAGCUACAAGGGUACGCCAACUCCGAAGCUGAUCAAGCAACGAAAGAAAUGGCUGCUGCCUGCCUGAACGAGUACAAGUUUCCUGUCCAGAUUGUGUGCCUUCUACCAAAUGCGACGGUAGUCGACAGCAUUUGCGCCAACGACCUUGUUGCUGUAGAUGACGUCGACGAAGCGGAGCUCGAAGGAUUCACCGACCCCAUCGAAAUGGCUUACCACCACUUCCUCAGCACCUGCGUCACAAAGGCCAGAACCAAGCACUUCUUCGAGGCCUCCUAAACCUUUGCCUGUCACAAAAUGUU